AUGGCUCGGCCGGCAGCCAUCUCCAUCUCUUCUUCCACGGUAUCCGCGGUUCCACCUCUACCGCCAUGGGACCGAUCCAUCGAGGUGGGAUUCAACAACACGCCGCGUGUGGAUGACGGAACCAAGGCACUGUCGGAGGAGGACAAGUUCAGGUUCUCGGUCGCAAAGUUUCACCUCAUCCACCGGCAUCCGCGCAGCACAUUUGACGAUACCAAGUCCGACACCCGGCAGCCGCGUAAGCAAGAGCCGCCUCAUGUCUGCCGCCUGCCGCCGUCUGUCCGCAUGAGGAUAUGGCGACACGUGCUCGACUGCGACGGCGCGACGCCGGACAGCCUGAAGCCGAUUCGCAUGAACCCGGCCAGCAUGCUGCGCCCGGUGUGGCGAGAUGAUCAGUUCGACUGGUACAGCAAGGCCCUUGCACCAGCACGGGGCGCCAUGCUCGCGAGUUUCGCCAUGCGCGCGGAGGUCUUGGCGAUGUUCUUCAUGACGCGCCGUUUCCACGUCGUGUUCUCGCCGCACGUGGGACUGUCCUUAUCCCCGCUGGCCAUUGAGUGCGUCUUCCAGUACGGCUGUCUCAUGCAGUAUGUGACACUCGAAAUCGACUUCUCCAAGUUGAGCUUUGGCCCACGCGCCGAGGCUGCUGGGCUGCGAGCUGGCAGUGGGAUUCUCGGGAUCGGUCCGAUGGUAGAUAUCUUUGUCGAAGGCCAGAGGCAUAGGAAGAGAACGCGGAUGGAGAACCUCGUUAUCCUGUGCCGACGCUUUUGCAAUCCGCGGCCGAAUGGUGAGUUCAUCUGCCAGUCUCGGCCGAACAAAGCUGACACUUGGAAAGGCGACGCCAAUUAUGUCGAAGAUUCCGACUUCCAGGCCCUUGAUGGGCUCAUGUCGCUCCGGUCGAUCGUCGCGUCAGGCCGUUUUGUCGGGUUUCCAGAGGAGUACACUGCGAAACUGAUGCGCUAUCUCAAUGAAGGCCCGUCGCCCAAGGACAUACGAAGGGGCAGUGUCAGCCAAAAUACGUUUGCAGUGCGGCCGUCGACAUUCUAUCCUCUGCUCCCAGGCCAGCGCUCGUGGAGAGAUCACGGCAAGACCGUGCAGUUCCUGCGGCUCGACGACCACGACCGGAUCCUACACCCGCGAAGCGUCAUGAAACCGCUCAGCAUCAGGGCGCCCAGCAUCAGGUCGAGUGAUGUUUCACGUGUUGCCUCGGUCGAUACCUCGUUCCUUUCAAUUGUUGAGUCGUCCCGGAUCAGCUCACCUGCUCCGGAUACUACUCUGCACAGCCCGCCGCGCACUCGCCCGACGACGCCCGUGCUCCUCACAUCCCCGUCCGGAAGCGGUGCCAUCACUCCGCCAGCGACGCCGAACAACCCGAGCGGCAAAUUCAGGAUUCCUGACAGCCCGCUGAGCCCGCGUAGUCCCAUCAGCCCACGAAGCCCGCUUGGACGAAGUCGCACAGCUAGCACUGUGAGUCUGUCUUUUGUCGGCAAGCUCAGUCGGAGUCCCAGCAUCGCCAGUCUGUCUAUGCGCAGCAAGAGAGAGGACUCCAACAAAGAAAUAGAGCCCGAUUCAGGCAAGAACCUGCUUAGAAAACUCAGAGAUAUUGGACGCAGAGAUUCCACAAAAGACUAG